GAACGGGUGCAGCCUCCGUGGUCGAGACUGUGACAGACGGACAUAUAUAUAAGUAGGACAAGUGAGCUGCUACAGUCAUUCCAUUCUGGUUGUGUUCUAGAGGACAGUCACAUCUUGUUUGUGACUGACCAUCGACUGGACACAAUGGUGUUACAAGAAAACACUAGCGUGUUGCAGUGCAUAAUUGUCUGUGUCCUUGUUUGUCUGGCUGUAGCUAUACCCACCAAUGAUGAAUUCAAAUGUCCGGAACCCGUGGGAGCAUUUCAGUAUUCCCCGGACUGCUCUAAAUAUGUUCAGUGUGAUAACAAAGAGCCUACAGUCAUGAAAUGCAGCGACGGACUCGAGUUUAACCCCAAGAAAAGUUACUGCGACUGGCCACGUCCAGAGCCCUACCCUGGCUGUGAACGUACAACUCAACUAGUCGAAGCGUCAGUGUCCGUGUGUGCAUCGAAUCCUUACGAAAGCUCCAAGAAGGCUUUCCACGUUCAGCACCCAAGGUUCUGCAAUGCCUACUACGUGUGCAGUCCUGGUCACCUGUUCCCUCAGUGUAUGUUCUGUGGUGAAGGACUCUAUUUCAACCAUAAAGAAGGAAUGUGCUUCGACAAAGGAAACAUGGACAUUGAAGAGCUCUGCGGUGACAAGAAGAUAGUGGGCCAUAAAGACAUCACCUGGGCCAUGACCGAUGGAUCCUGUCGUCCCGAUCCCUUGGAAGGCUUUGGCGCGCCCGAAGGUUCACCAGAGGCUUCAUCCGAAGAGUCCUCAUCGGAAAUGAUGAGCCGACGCAAGAGAGACAGCGACGGCGGAUGCGGCGGGGGUGGCUGCGGAGGCAGCAGGGGCGGAGGUUCAGGUGGAGGCUGUGGCGGUGGAUCAAGAGGUGGUUGCGGAGGCGGCAGUGGAGGAGGGGGAGGUGGUGGAAGCCAAAGUAGAGGUGGAUCUGGAAGCAACAGAGGAGGAUCCAGCGGAGGAGGCAGCAGAGGAGGCGGUGACCCACGAUGCACCAAUAGUAGACUAGCUGGUCAGUCUGAAGACCCUUUCUUUAUUCCCCACGAUGACUACUGUAACGCUUUCUUCACUUGCAGUCCAACACAAGUGCUAGGUCCAUGUAUCUUCUGUCCAGAGACUCUGUACUUUGAUGAGGACUCAGGAGAGUGCGUCUCUGCAGGAAGAGACCCUCAAGGAGUAUGUGGUGGAAAACAAUACGUAGAGCACUCCGAGAAGGUCUUCAUUCAGGCUGACGGAGUGUGCGGAAGUGGAGGUGGAGGCGGUGGUAGCGGCAAUGGAGGAGGAAGAGGCAAUGGAGGAGGCAGCAGCGGAGGCAAUGGAAACUCAGGGGGAGGUAAUAACGGCAACCAAGGGAACUCUGGUUCGGGAAACAACUGGGGCGGCAACACUGGAGGAUAUAGUAAUGGAAACAUGGGAGGUGGAAACGGAGGAGGGGGAAUGAAUGGCGGUAACAGAAACGGUGGAUCCGGCAGCGGAAACAUGGGAGGUGGAAGUAACGGGGGAGGCAGCGGAGGCAGGGGCAACCCAGAGGGAGGUAAUAACAACCAAGGGAACUCUGGUUCGGGGAAUAACAGAAACGGUAACAGAGGAGGAUAUGGUAAUGACAAUGUGGGAGGGGGAAUGAAUGGCGGUAACAGAAACGGUGGAUCCGGCAGCGGAAACAUGGGAGGUGGAAAUGUCGGUGGAAACAGGGGCAGCUCAGGGGAAGGUAAUAGCGGCAACCAAGGGAACUCUGGUUCGGGGAAUAACAGGGGAGGCAACACUGGAGGAUACGGUAAUGAAAAUUUGGGAGGGGGAAUUAUUGGCGGUAACAGAAACGGUGGAUCCGGAAAUGGAAACAUGGGAAGUGGAAUGAAUAGUGGAUCCGGAAGUGGAAAUAUGGGUGGUGGAAUGAAUAGUGGAUCCGGGAGUGGAAAUAUGGGUGGUGGAAUGAACGGUGGCAAUAGAAACGGUGGAUCCGGAAACGGAAACAUGGGAAGCGGAUUGAAUAGUGGAUCUGGAAGUGGAUAUAUGGGAGGUGGAAAUAACGGUGGAUCAGGAAGUGGAAAUGUAGGAGGUGACGGAAUGAACGGUGGCAAUAGAAACGGUGGAUCCGGAAACGGAAACAUGGGAAGUGGAAUGAAUAGUGGAUCCGGGAGUGGAAAUAUGGGUGGUGGAAUGAACGGUGGCAAUAGAAACGGUGGAUCCGGAAAUGGAAACAUGGGAAGUGGAAUGAAUAGUGGAUCCGGGAGUGGAAAUAUGGGUGGUGGAAUGAACGGUGGCAAUAGAAACGGUGGAUCCGGAAACGGAAACAUGGGAAGCGGAUUGAAUAGUGGAUCUGGAAGUGGAUAUAUGGGAGGUGGAAAUAACGGUGGAUCAGGAAGUGGAAAUGUAGGAGGUGACGGAAUGAACGGUGGCAAUAGGAAUAGUGGAUCCGGAAAUGGAAACAUGGGAAGUGGAUCGAAUAGUGGAUCCGGGAGUGGAAAUAUGGGUGGUGGAAUGAACGGUGGCAAUCGAAACGGUGGAUCCGGAAACGGAAACAUGGGAAGUGGAUCGAAUAGUGGAUCUGGAAGUGGAAAUAUGGGUGGUGGAAUGAACGGUGGCAAUAGGAAUGGUGGAUCUGAAAAUGAAAAUAUAGGAGGAGGAACCAAUGGUGGAUUUGGCAGCGGAAACGUAGGAGGGGGAAACAACGGUGGUGGAUGCGGUGGUGCUGGCUCUCGUUCUGGUUCAGGUGGCAGUUGUGGUAGUGGAAGUCAAGGAGGCAGGGACAACUCAGGGGCAGGUAAUAACGGCAACCAAAGGAACACUGGUUCAGGGAAUAGCAGAGGUGGUAACACUGGAGGAUAUGGGAAUGGAAUCAUAGGAGGGGGAAAUAACGGAAACAACGGCGGCGAUGAUUACGACGAGGAUAGCAACAAUGGCAACAGCAGAAAUGGAGGAGCCAGAGGAGGCAGCGGCGGAUGUGGCGGCUCUGGAUGCAGCCAAGGAUCCGGCAGCAAUCGAGGAGAGUCAGGGAAUAACCAAGUGGGAUCAGGUGGAAACCAAGGCAGUUUCGGGGGUAAUCAAGGGGGAAGAAAUAAUCAGUCUGGUGGCUCCGGAAACAGGAAUCAAGGCGGCGGCAGAAGCGGUGGAAGCAAUAGAGGCGGUGACCCACGAUGCUUCAGCAGCAGACAGAGCGGACUGUCUGAAGACGGCUUCUUCAUAGCCCACGAAGAGUAUUGUAACGCCUUCUUCACGUGCAGCCCGACGGAAGUUCUAGGCCCAUGCACUUUCUGCCCAGAGACCAUGUAUUUCAAUGAGGAGAGUGGCACCUGUUUUGUAGCAGGGGGAAACGUCAACGACUUGUGCAGAGGCAAAGAGUACGUGGCACAUGAUGAAAAGGUCUACAGGCAAGCUGAUGGAACGUGUUCGUCUGGUGGCAGUGGCUACGGCGGAAGAGGUGGAUCCGGAGGAUCGGGUGGAUCUGGCGGAAGAGGUGGAUCUGAAGGAUCAGGUGGAUCUGGCGGAAGAGGUGGAUCUGGAGGAUCAGGUGGAUCUGGCGGAAGAGGUGGAUCUGAAGGAUCUGGCGGAAGAGGUGGAUCUGAAGGAUCAGGUGGAUCUGGCGGAAGAGGUGGAUCUGAAGGAUCAGGUGGAUCUGGCGGAAGAGGUGGAUCUGAAGGAUCAGGUGGAUCCGGAGGAUCGGGUGGAUCUGGCGGAUCAGGUGGAUCUGGCGGAAGAGGUGGAUCUGGAGGAUCGGGUGGAAUGGGUGGAUCCGAGGGCAACGGUUCUGGUGGCAAUAACAACAACAACUCAGGCGGCCGAGGCGGAAGCAACGGUAACAGCAGCUCGGGCUCAAACUGCGGAGGUUUCGGAGUCGGAUGCGGCACAGGGGGCGGUAACAAAGGGAACGGUAACCAAGGGAACGGUAACCAAGGAAACGGUAACCAAAGAAGUGGCAACCAAGGGGGGAGUGGUUCAGGAGGGUGUAGCCAGGCCAACAAUCCUUUUCUAAACAGAAAUCAAAGCUCUGGGGGCUGUGAAGGAAGCGGGGGCGGCUCCUGUGGGACCAGUAGGUGUGGUGGCUCUAACACUAUGCAGGGUAGGGGCAAUCAAGGUGGUUCUGGUGGAGGAUACGGAGGAGGAUCCGGCGGCGGCGGUAGCGGCGGCAACAGAGGCGGAUCAAGUGGCAAUCAAGGAGGCUCUGGUGGCGGCAAUGGUGGCGGUGGAAUGCAAGGCGGAGGAUCCGGCGGAAGAGGUGGUUCCGGAGGAGGUAGCGGUGGCGGCGGCGGCAUGCAAGGAGGAGGUUCCGGUGGUAGAGGUGGAUCUGGAGGAGGUGGCAGAGGAGGAUCUGGCGGAGGAGGAUCAGGCGGAGGAGGCGGCAGAGGAGGAUCUGGCGGAGGAGGAUCAGGUGGAGGAGGAUCAGGUGGAGGAGGCGGCAGAGGAGGAUCUGGCGGAGGAGGAUCAGGUGGAGGAGGCGGCAGAGGAGGAUCUGGCGGAGGAGGAUCAGGUGGAGGAGGCGGCAGAGGAGGCGGUGACCCACGAUGCACCAAUAGUAGACUAGCUGGUCAGUCUGAAGACGGUUUCUUUAUUCCCCAUGAUGACUACUGUAACGCUUUCUUCACUUGCAGUCCAACAGAGGUCGUCGGGCCAUGCACUUUCUGCCCAGAGACUAUGUACUUUAACGAGGACACAGGAGAUUGUGUGUCGGCUGGUGCGAACCCGGAAACAUUUUGCAACGGCAAAGAGUAUGUUGCCCACGAGGAGAAAGUGUACAGGCAAGCUGAUGGCAUCUGCUCGUCGGGAGGAGGAGGGGGUGGUGGCGGAGGAGGAGGAGGAUCUGGUGGACGAAGGCCUGGUGGUUCUGGUGGUUCAGGCGGUGGAAGACCCGGUGGAAGUGGAGGAGGAAGUGGAGGUGGAGGCGGAUACGGAGGAGGAAGUGGAGGAGGAAGUGGAGGCGGAGGCUGUGGAGGUGGAGGCGGCUGUGGAGGUGGCUGUGGGGGAGGGUGCGGCAAAUAAAAAGCCACACUGACUCAGAAUUAUGUUAAGUAUUCAUUGUGCACAAGAAUUGAUUGUGUACUGCUCAGUUCAAUAAAGAAAUGACUUCAGAUAAACCUUUCAA